GAGAGAAUGUGAGUCUUAAAAAGUCAAAAUCCAAAAGAGAAUGGAAGAAGAAAAACGCGUAUUCUGAAAAAGAAGACAGCUGAAUCUUCUCUCUCUUCACCGCAACUCACUUUCUCUCUCUGGUUUCCUCAAUUUCAAGCAGGGAAAAUUAGGGUUAGGGUUUUCAGAAAACCCUUUUCUUUUGCCUGCUGCAACUGAAAGGGGAACAACAAAGCUCGAAGCUUUCUGAGAUGUUUUCUUCUUCUAAUUUAGUCGUCAAAUGGAGGUUCUUUCAUAAACCCAUGACCCUUCUGCACCUCUUCACUCUCUUAUGGGUCUUCACCCACUCUCUCAACGAUGCCGUUUUGGCCGAUUCCGACAAAUCAGUGCUGCUUCAGCUCAAGAACUCGCUCUCCGAUCCUUCGGGUUUGCUCUCCAACUGGAACGGUUCCGACCACUGUCACUGGUUCGGUGUCCUCUGCGACUCAACCACGCGCCGUGUCGUCGCGAUCAACGUCACUGGCAACGGAGGUAACCGAAAACCCCCUUCUCCGUGUUCUGAUUUCGCUCAAUUUCCCCUUUACGGUUUUGGAAUUAGGAGGAGCUGCGAGGGUUUUCGAGGUGCAUUGUUUGGGAAGGUUUCACCUUUGUUCAGUGAGCUCACCGAACUUAGGGUUUUAUCCCUUCCCUUCAACGGUCUGGUGGGUGAGAUUCCUGGUGAAAUUUGGGGCAUGGACAGGUUGGAGGUUCUUGAUCUCGAGGGUAAUUUGAUAACUGGGUUUCUCCCUGUUCGGUUUAGUGGGUUGAGGAAUUUGAGGGUUCUUAAUCUAGGGUUUAAUAGAAUUGUUGGCGAGAUACCGAGUUCACUGUCAAGUGUUGCAACUUUGCAGGUUCUGAAUUUGGCUGGAAAUGGCAUUAAUGGGUCUGUUCCUGGUUUUGUUGGUAGGCUUAGAGGGGUGUAUUUGUCUUUUAACCUGCUUGGUGGGACUAUUCCUCAGGAGAUAGGGGAUGAUUGUGGCAGGCUGGAGCAUCUUGAUUUGUCUGGCAAUUUCUUGGUUCAAGGGAUUCCAGGGAGUUUGGGGAAUUGUAGUGGGUUGAGGACCCUUUUGCUGUAUUCGAAUAUAUUGGAAGAUGCUAUUCCUGCUGAGCUUGGUAAGCUUAAGAAGCUCGAGGUGUUGGAUGUUUCUAGGAAUACACUUGGCAGUUCAGUGCCCCGGGAGCUUGGGAAUUGUAUAGAUUUGUCAGUACUUGUUCUGUCCAAUCUUUUUAAUCCACUUCCGAACGUCAAUGGUACGGGCAGGGACCUGGGGAUGGAGCAGCUGGUUUCUAUAAAUGAUGAGUAUAAUUAUUUUGAAGGUCCCAUUGCUGUGGAAAUUAUGAGCCUUCCUAAGCUGAAAGUACUGUGGGCGCCUAGGGCAAAUCUGGAAGAUAGUUUUCCAAGUGGUUGGGGCGCAUGUGAUAACUUGGAGAUGCUCAACUUGGCUCAAAAUGAUUUCACUGGGGAUUUUCCUAAUCAGCUUAGUCGCUGCAAGAAGCUCCAAUUUCUUGAUUUAAGCUCAAACAACCUUACAGGAAAGCUUGCUGAAGAACUUACUGUUCCCUGUAUGACUGUGUUUGAUGUUAGUGGGAAUGUCUUAUCUGGACCAAUUCCUGAAUUCUCUGUUAGUGCGUGUAAUUCAGUUCCUUCCUGGAAUGGAAAUCUGUUUGAAACCGAUGAUAGAGCCCUUCCAUAUGAAUCCUUUUUUGCAUCAAAGGUUCUUGGAAGCCCCCCUUUGUUGUCACUUGGGGAAGUUGGCCGUUCCGUUAUUCACAAUUUUGGCCAAAACAACUUCAUUAGCAUGGAGUCGUUGCCAAUAGCACGCGACCGGCUGGGAAAGGGGUUGGUUUACGCAAUUCUUGUUGGAGAAAACAAGUUGACAGGACCAUUUCCUACAAAUUUAUUUGAGAAGUGUGAUGGAUUAAAUGCAUUGCUUUUAAAUGUGAGUUAUACCAUGUUAUCGGGUCAGAUUCCUUCCAAGUUUGGUGGAAUGUGCCGAUCAUUAAAGUUCUUGGAUGCAUCUGGUAAUCAGAUUACUGGGCCAAUCCCCCUUGGUUUGGGGGACAUGAUCUCUCUUGUUUCUCUGAAUCUUAGUCAGAACCGUUUACAAGGUCAGAUUCCCAUCACCCUUGGCCAGUUGAAGAAUCUGAAGUUUCUCUCUUUGGCGGAUAAUAACAUGAGUGGCUCCAUCCCUUCCAGCUUUAAGCAGCUGUAUUCUCUAGAAGUCUUGGACCUUUCUUCAAACUCUCUUACUGGUGAAAUUCCGGAAGGUAUUGAGAACUUGAAAAAUCUGUCUGAUGUUUUGCUCAAUAAUAACAAACUUUCUGGACAAAUUCCUACUGGUUUGGCAAAUGUUACUACACUGUCAGCAUUUAAUGUGUCAUUCAAUAACUUAUCUGGAUCUUUGCCUUCAAAUAGUAAUUCAAUAAAAUGCAGCAGUGCUGUUGGGAAUCCAUUUUUACGUUCUUGCAAUGGAGUUUCUCUUGCUGUUCCAUCAACAGAUCAAGUGCUUGAUAAUUCUAAUUCUGAUACUGCUGCACCCCCAGAAGCCACCAGCAGAAAGGGCGGGAAUGGUUUCAAUUCUAUUGAAAUAGCGUCUAUAACUUCUGCAUCAGCCAUUGUUUCUGUUCUUCUAGCCCUAAUUAUCCUUUUCAUUUAUACACGGAAGUGGAACCCAAGGUCCAGGGUUAUUGGGUCUACCAGAAAAGAAGUCACUGUGUUUACUGAUAUUGGGGUCCCAUUGACAUUUGAAAAUGUUGUCCGUGCCACAGGAAAUUUCAAUACAAGCAACUGCAUUGGGAAUGGGGGAUUUGGGGCAACCUAUAAGGCUGAGAUAUCACCAGGAAACUUGGUGGCAAUAAAGCGUCUGGCAGUUGGGCGAUGCCAAGGUGUUCAACAAUUUCAUGCUGAGAUUAAGACCCUUGGAAGGCUUCGUCAUCCAAAUCUUGUCACUCUGAUUGGUUAUCAUGCUAGCGAGACUGAGAUGUUUCUCAUAUACAACUAUUUGCCAGGUGGUAAUCUGGAGAAGUUUAUCCAAGAGAGGUCCACAAGGUUUGUGGAUUGGAGAAUUCUUCACAAGAUUGCAUUGGAUAUAGCCCGUGCACUUGCAUACCUUCAUGAUCAGUGUGUGCCGCGGGUUCUUCAUCGGGAUGUCAAGCCCAGUAAUAUCUUGUUAGAUGAUGAUUAUAAUGCUUAUCUGUCUGACUUUGGAUUGGCUAGACUUCUGGGAACCUCAGAAACCCACGCUACCACUGGUGUAGCAGGUACGUUUGGUUAUGUGGCUCCUGAAUAUGCCAUGACUUGCCGUGUUUCCGACAAGGCUGAUGUGUACAGCUAUGGUGUGGUGCUUCUAGAGUUACUCUCUGACAAGAAGGCAUUGGAUCCUUCAUUUUCUUCAUACGGGAAUGGUUUCAACAUAGUAGCAUGGGCAUGCAUGCAACUGAGGGAAGGCAAGGCAAAGGACUUUUUCGCCACCGGCUUAUGGGAAGCUGGGCCUGCAGAUGAUUUGGUAGAGGUCCUACACUUGGCUGUUGUGUGUACGGUUGACUCUCUCUCUACCAGACCUUCAAUGAAACAUGUUGUACGGCGGCUUAAGCAACUUCAACCGCCAUCAUGCUAGCCAUGCUGGUGAGGCUGUGCUAGUUUGACAUAUUAAUCUUAGAAAUAUUGUAAUUUGUGAUUCAGCAUUGAGUCCUUUUUUCUGGACUGCCCUUAGGUUGAGUUGGAAAUUGUACUUAAUCCCCCCCUCCCCUUCCUACCUACCCUGUACAUUGUAAUAUAGUUGUGCCCCCAAUUUUCGAUGCUCUUUUCCUCAUUAGAUUAGGGGGCUUGGUGAUGACUCUGCAGAAGAAUGCAGAUAUUUGAUGUCCAGCGCCAUACUUGUCUAUUCCAGUUUGAUUUGUUCAAUAAAAUCAUAGAAUAGAAUCAGAUUCCCGAAACUUUUUUUUAAUGGCUUCUGCAGUAGAUUACGUGGGUUUUGUAUUCUGCUGAUGGGAUUUUCUUAAAAGUAUCAGACUUAGCGUGUGUUCAGAAGUGUGUUAUAUCUAUAGUGGAUGCUAUAAAACCGAGCUUUUGUGUUUAACAUGCAAACACGUACUUAAGUAGGACGUGUAAAACAAUUUAAGAUGAUUAAAUUCGAGGCUUUUAUGGUACAUUAUUAAGAAAAAUAGCUUAUUUGUAUCACUUAUAAUAUCAUGCAUCACUUAUAAAUUUUUAUCAAUAAAUAUUCAGAUCCAGAU